AUUCAACCUUUCUCUACUUCCUAAAAAGACCAUGGAAGCUUCACAAAAUCUCAAUCUCCAAAACCCUAAACUCAUAAAACCAUUUCAUCAUCUCAUAGAACUAGAACUAGAACAAGAACAAGAAGAAGAUAAAGAAGAAACACUCUCUCUCCGUGACCUUCCUCUGCUCAACCCCCAAAAACCUAGUUCCACCGCCACCACAACCACCACAGAAGAUCACGGUGAACAUUUUGAGUUCAUGACCUCAACUUCUUAUGACGUUUCUCCGGCUGAAAAAAUAAUCUACCGAGGUAGAGUCAUCCCUUUAAAUUACCAAAGUGCCCUUUUCUCCCCUCCUGAACACAUUAGUCCACGAGUUAGGACAAGAUCCGAGUCCUUGUCUGCUAUACAAGGCAAUAACAUUAACCGUCCCCUAGCACGUGAAAAUGUCGGACCCAUGAGAACAAGCCGUUCUUUAGAUGAUCGUAAGCUCACACGUCGACCAACCACCGUACAUUCUCAACAAGAAAAUGUUUCCACAACAAAAAAUGUGGUGAAGUCAGAAACGGUGUCGUCUAGUGGAAGUGGAAAGAGUGUAAGACCGAGAUGGUACGUGUUCAUGUUUGGUAUGGUUAAGUUCCCGCCGGAAAUCGAGCUGAGGAAUAUAAAGAACCGCCAGACUCGCCGGAAUGUUCCACCGGUUCUGUUUCCGUCUCGUGGAGCUCAAGCCACGUCACCAUCUCCUUCUUGGAGGUUACUCAACGCCUUAAGUUGCAAGGAUCCCACAAGCGUUGCUGCAACGUCACCGCUUUGGGUUCCCCAUGCGUAAAGUACUAUAUUAUCCCUAGGAGCCAGUCUUGUGUGGUUGCUUUUUUUUGCCGUUGAGAGAAGGAGAGGAUGGUCAAUUCUUAUAAGAAUAUCGAUAUUGUAAUAUUGUGAAUGUUUUUUUUUUUUUGUGUGUGUGAAAGAAUGUCGAUAUUGUUAUUUAUUUGGUGCAACAAUAUCGAUAAUAGUUUGGACCAUAACACUUUUUU